CGCAGCAAUGCUGGGAUUUCAUUGGUUAAAAUUCGAAGAUGCUGGGAUUUCAUUGGUUAAAAUUCUUAAAAUAGAGAGGAGGGAGAUAGUUAAUGGAGAGGGGAGAAGGUGUCAGGGUUCGAGAUCAGCGCCUAAACGGUAAUGAAACAAGGGGUAAAACUGAUGUUGUGGCCUUCUUAGUCUCCAGUGGAGCAAAUGUUAAUAAGCAGAACUCAUUUGGCAACACACCUCUACAUCUGGCUGUGGAGAAUAACUAUGAAGAUGUAGUCAAAGUCCUGUUAAAUAGCAAAGAAAAUAACAAUUUACAGGUUAAUCUGCAAAAUAGAGACGGUUGGACAGCUCUCCAUGUUGCCUCGGGCUAUGGAA